AUGUCGAAAAUUAUUGUCGUUAUUGGUUUGACUGGGCAGCAGGGCGGAUCUGUCGCCGAUGCUUUCCUCGAAGAGAAAGGCUGGAAAGUCCGAGGCGUCACCCGUGAUCCAACUAAGGCCACAGGUUGGAGCAAGCGAGGCGUUGAUGUUGUCGAAGGGGAUUUAGAUGACAAAAGCUCACUUAUGAAAGCUUUUGAAGGAGCAUAUGCAGUAUUUGGGACGACGGACUUUUGGGGGCCAGUUUCCGACCCUGCAAGCAAGUUAAAGCUCGGGAGUGGGCAGAAGAUCAACGAGUACGCCUUCAAUUGCGAAGUACAACGUGGAAAGAAUAUUGCCGAAGCUGCAGCGGAGACGGAGAGCGUUGAGAGAUUCAUCACUAGCGCCUUACCCAAUGCUAGGGCCUGUACCAAUGGCAGAUUGAAGCAUGUUUAUCACUUCGAUAGUAAGGCCGCAGUGGUCGAGUACGUCAAACGAAGCCUUCCUACCCUCGCCAAAAAGAUGUCGGUUCUCUAUAUAGGAUCUUACAUGACGAAUUGGGGACAAGGUAUUCAACCAAGACAACACCUGAACAAAACAUGGCGGCUGUCCCUUGUCGGUAAGGGUGAUACUCCAAUUCCACACCUUUUCACGUCAAAGGACACAGGAUUCUUGGUUCACGCUCUUCUACAAUUGUCACCUGGCACAGUUCUGUCAGGAGCGGGUGAUAUCCUUUCAUGGAAGGAAUGUCUUCACGUCUGGUGCAAGACUCAGGGUCUCGAUUAUGGUGGCUUCGACGAGAUUUCAGUUGAGGACUUUAUCCAGCACUCAGGCAUGGGCACUGAACUUGGCCUGGAGUUUGGCGAGAUGUUCGCAUUCAUGGAUAGUCCAGGGUAUAAUGGUGGGGGCGAUUCUGUCAUUUUUCCAAAAGAUGUUUGUAUCCCCCCUGGCUCCUCUACCAUUCAACACUCGACUUAUAAAGAUUUAGUUAAAAUAUCCCUGCCCGUUGACAUCAUUCGAAGACUGGUGUAA